AUGUGGUUGGACAUUGCAAUUGCUGUUAACUUACUCUAUAUUCAUUGUGCAGGUGCAGUUGAUUGUGAUGGAGGUAUUGUUACAGUGAAUUACUUAAAUUCUCGAAUAAAUGGCAAAAGCUGUACGAAGAUAAAAGGAGGCCUCUAUUUCUUACAGUCCGACUGGACUUACAAGCAACAUCUACUUAAUGCAUUUGAAAAUGUGAUUAAUAUAACCGGGCCGCUACAUUUUGCUGCAACGAAAGGCUUAGGAGAUGUGGAAUGUUUCGAUAAUGUAAAGGAAAUUCAUCCACACGGUCCUGCUAUCGUGCUUCUGAAUAAUGUUGGUCUCUCGUCGCUUGCGUUAACAUCGUUAGAAAAAGUCGGAUAUUCGAAAUACACGAAAGCUGUUAUACUGCAUAACAACGAAGGUUUUGAUGUUGAUGAAUUUCUUGGCCAUAUGAAAGCGAAAGGAAUGGUUGAAAAGGAGUUCUUAAGCACAUCAAGGAGAGAGUUCAUGAAUACCAUAUGGGCAGUACUGUUUUUCCUUACUCUUCUCCUUAUUCUUCUUUGCCUACUUGGAUUUGCUGUCUAUAGAACAGCGGAAGAAAUUGGAGAAUAUUAUAAACUAAAACAACAAGAAAAGGAUGUCCAACGCUACAGGCCACCAGAAUCACGCUCUUAG